GUCAGGGGAGAGAGAAAGAGAAGGAGUGAAUGUGUGCAUGGUCUCGACCAGUCACAACAUACCGCCGGUAGUGACAACGAUGCCACGACUGCUGUGCACGAUCCACUUCGUCCGGCAUGGAGAGACAACCGCGAACCGGGAGGGCAUUAUCCAAGGGCACCAGGACUACGACCUAACCCCCAUCGGCAUAAACCAAGCGGUCGCCACCGCUAUCCGCCUUCGGGGCAACACGUACUGGCGGACCUACAGCUCGGACCUGACGCGGGCGUCGCACACGGCCGAGAUUAUCCUUGAGGAACACCCGGGAGCGAAUCUCCGCAAGACCCCGCUGCUGAGGGAGUUCGCGCUGGGCGCGCAGGAGGGCUUGCCGCGUGGAACCACCUGGCCCAGAGCGCGUCGCAUGAAGGCGGAAGCAGCGGGCGUGUCGCCGGUAGCGUACAAGGAGAGCCUGCGCGAGAGCCCGGCGGACGUGCACAAGCGAGCCCAGCAGUUCCUCACAAGCUUGGUCUCCGACGCCGUGCGGGCGGCGGACGACGGGACUGUCAACAGGGUGGGCGAGGGACAAAACGGCCGCCACGAUUCCGCCGCGGAAGCUGCAGCCGCCGCCGAGGCAAGGCACAGGGACGAGAACGCGAGGCUCGCGCUCGUGGUGUCCCACGGAGGAAUCCUGAACGUGAUGAUGCUGACAGUCAUGGGGCUCGAGGAGAGGGCGUGCCCCCUCAUGAGGAACUGCGCGGUGGCGGUGGUGGAUGUCUUCGACGACGGCCGCGGCAAGGGCCGGGUGCGCUACGUUCCCCGAACGCUCAACGACGUGUCGCACUUCCAGGUGUCAGAGCUACCGGCGGUGUGCCACUCCGGCGAAAACGGUCGCCAGAACGUGGUCAAAUCAUGAUAACGAAGGAUGGUGGUGUGUGUUUUCUUGUCUAUCGGGGGGCUGGGGGAGGCCAGAGGCAGAGGCUUGCUGGCCUGUUGCGCGACGCUCCCGGAGUUGAGCUCGGGCCUCUCACAACAAGCGGCGGUGCAACUUGUUGAUAGUGAUAGAUUGUGGGAGUCACCUAAACCCACCUCUUGGCAAGCAUUUGUGGGUGCGGGAAUCUGCCCACAAACUUGUGCCAUUGUGCACACGUCCGUGUAUAUGCCGACAUGGUGCGUUUGAAGUGUUGUUUCUUUAUUUUCUUUCGGCGAUCCGGAUUGUUUUCAUGCAUUUCUUCCCACUUGUUGAUACGGAACCUUCGUGCCCCUUUUCGUUAGGACGCCGAGAUCGGCUGUUCUGUUGCUGUCCUCGUUUACUCAAUUGUGGAUUUUCAUGCACGGAUUGUAGUACUGUAGAAAAGCACCCCCUCCACCCUCGCACCCCCUUUUAUGUUGGACUGGGUUGUGACCUGAAUGUUUCUUUCGUCCAUCAUGCAUGUGUUUUUUAGUGGAAAACGCGUGCUGAGGGAACCUUGCCGGUUUCUGUCAAUAGGUGGCCUUAGGCGGUUUGUUUUUUUGCGGUGUUACGGAGGAUGGUAUUUUCUCUCCAUCAGUUGAUUUUUCCCUGCGAUUUUUUCGUCCCUUGUCUAUCUUGCGCACGCACAUCCGUUGGCACCAUCGGUACAUAGCACAUAGCGGGCGCACUAUAAAUACUAAGCAGUGAUGUUUUCCUUUUUACGAUACGAAGUGGACGUUGGUUCGAUGUCUAAGCCUCGACGUCUUGUGGGUUCUCGUGGGUAUUCGAAGGCAGCGGUUUACACCCAUUCUUUACGUACAGCGGUGUGUUGGGCGGGCUUGAAGACUCGGAGUCCAGGAAGGGGAACACCAGGCGACGAAGGAAAACGGAACGAAUUUUGUUUUGCCUGUGGGAUGAAAGCUUGUUUCUUUGUGUUCUUGCAAUGACACUCCCUCUUGGGCGUAGUCCAUCCGAAGGCGAUGCACGGCAAGCGCGGAUAGUCGAAGAUGAUGUCGUUGCGGUGAUCCAAGUCGUUACUUCCCUCGCACGCUGCCCCCUUGGUAGCAACGUGGACGAUCCUCCUGCGAAGGAGUACAUCGUUGUUUGUGCAGGAAAUUUUGUGAAGGUAGCUGCAGCGCGGAAGCAGCAAAUUUCAUUUUUUUUUCCCAGGGUAUUAGUUGCGUGUCUGUGUGCAGUAGCGGGGAGCAGCAGGAGAAUCAGUGGUCAAGAAAGCAGGAUUUUUUGCGUUUCAUAUCAUUGUGGUACUACGGGGGUAGGAAGCAGUAGCGUUUUCGUCGGGAUUAUUCUGCUGGUCUUCGGCCGCCGCCUUUUUUUGUUUUCGCGGCUAAAAGACUGGAGAAAUCCGUUUGCACCCUGUCUGGACUCCUCUUACUUCGUUGUCGCUUCCCCCCACUUUCAUCACGGACUUGACGCUGGAGGGAUUGGGAAAAUAAACGCGCCAAGACAAGGGCACAUGGCUUUUUCGCGUGUAUUUUCUUGAGAGUUUUUCGCCAUUUCGCCGAGGGCUUUCCUUUCUUUUUAUUUGUCGUUGUCGUACGUCAAGUCUAGACGUCCCUCCGAUGGCCGAAGGGCAUCUUGCAGUACUGCUGUAGCACCCGUUCCAGACGGGAUUACGUGUUGCCGGGGAAAUAAAAUAUAAGCGAUAAGAGUGUAUACACCGAGGCUGCAGAAGAGGGGGUUAUCGUCGUGAAGAGACGAGGAGAGCCCACCUGCAAGC